AUGUUCGUCUCGGACAAGGAGACUGCGCGAAUCUUCACAAUUAUCCUCGCAGUGGUGGCCAUCUACUUUGUGGAUUUCGCCAUCAAUGCUGCUAGUAGAAUGUCCGCGAUUGGACACAUGCUGGGCUAUGGAGCCGGUGCCAUCGACCUAGUCGGUAUAUUUGGAAAGACAAUGGGCGAUUCGCAAUUCAAGCAGCUCACGCUCAUCGCCACGUUCUUGAUGCUCUUCUCUUCCGGAGUGACCUGUUGGGCUGUCAAUGAGCGGGUCUUGGUGUCGACAAGGCACGAUCCCCGCAAAGCCACUGGGCGGUUCAAGGUCUUCCGCCAAAUUUGGUCGACGCUGCUCCAUCUUCCCCCUCGGAUCCAGGCCAUCUGCUGGGCCCAGUUCUGGUCGUGGAUCGGCUGGUUUCCGUUCUUGUUUUACAGCACCACCUGGGUUGGCGAGACGUACUUCCGAUACGACGCUCCGGCAGAGGGAAAAGACUCCAAAGAUGCCCUUGGCGACAUUGGUCGCAUCGGUAGUUUGGCGCUGGUCAUCUACUCGACCAUCACCUUCAUAGGCGCCUGGCUCCUGCCCAUGGUUGUUAAAUCGCCAGACGAUGACAAUUUUACGGCUCGCCCGCCCCAAGCCAUUGCGCCAUUUCUUGAACGAUUCAACAAGAACAAGCCUGACCUCAUGACCGCCUGGAUAUGCGGCCAUCUUAUGUUCGCCGCGGCCAUGUUCCUGGCCCCCUUUGCGCAAAGCUUCCGCUUCGCAACCUUCCUCGUUGCCUUCUGCGGCUUAUCUUGGACGAUCGCCAUGUGGGCGCCGACGACCUUUCUCGGUGUAGAGGUAAACAAGCUUAGUGGUGCCCGCGAAGGAGGGAGCGGGACGGCAGCCUACCGCCGCCUAUCAAACGGCUCCAACAUUGAGCUGCCCACGCUCGGCCAGGACCAGCCACUCCAUCUGGAACAUGGACCGGAUGAGGGUGGCCAGCAGACGACAUCGUCUACGGGCGAGCUGUCGGGCAUCUAUUUUGGCAUACUCAACAUCUACACGACCCUGCCGCAGUUUAUCGGAACCUUUAUAAGCACCAUUGUCUUCACCAUUUUAGAGCCUGGCAAGAGCCCCGAGCUGUCGGACGCACCCGAGCACGAGCAGCACAACACCGACGGUCCCAACGCCAUUGCCGUGUGUCUCUUCAUCGGUGCUAUUUGUGCGGUGGUGGCCGCGUUCGCCACGCGAAAGCUCAAGUAUCUCUGA